UGUGUCUUUGGCUCUUGGUGGUUUAUAAGCUAUAUAUUUUAUUUUAGAAAAGAAAAUGAAAAUGAUUUUGGACUGAUGUUUCUUCAGGGUGUGUGGCCUAUAUUUCAGGGAAGCUUGUUUGCUUGUGCUUUGAAAUGAUGAAGAUACUAGCAGGAUGCUGUGUAUUGGUGCUCAUAAGCAUUUUCCUGCCUUCAGUGUGCAGGAUUCAUGCUUUCUCCUAUGAUUAUUCUGCUACAACAGAGUGCUUGAUAGAGCCCCAGAGAGCUCAGUAUGAAGGAGGGAUAAUAGCUAAUCCAGAUUUUACUCAUGGCGUACAAGGGUGGACUGUGUUUGGACAAGGAGCAAUAAAAGAAGGAAUAUCAAAGAAUGGAAACAGAUAUAUUGUUGCACACAGCAGAAGCCAGCCACUUGACAGCAUUUCCCAGAAGGUUCAGUUAGAGAAAGGAAAGCUCUACAGCUUCUCUGCUUGGGUUCAAAUCAAUGGAGGACGUGGAAAUGUAGCUGUUGUAUUCAAAAUGUCUCGGGGUGAACUUGUUCGUGGUGGUAAAGUUUUGGCUAGGAAUGGAUGCUGGUCUUUGCUGAAAGGCGGUGUGUUUGCAAAUACUUCAAGUCGUGUUGAGAUUCUAUUUGAGAGCAAAAAUACAGAGGCAGAAAUAUGGGUAGACAAUGUCUCAUUACAACCUUUCACCAUGGAACAAUGGAGAUCCCACCAAGAUGAAAGCACUGACACGGAAAGGAAAGGAAAGGUGAGAUUCGAAGUAAGGAAUGCCAACGGAACUGCAAUAGAAGGUGCAAGGUUCUCAAUAAAACAAACCAAGUCAGACUUUCCAUUUGGAUGCUGUAUGAACUAUCACAUUAUCAACAGCACAGAUUACCAAAACUGGUUUACUUUGAGAUUCAAGUAUACCACUUUCACCAAUGAAAUGAAAUGGUACACUACUGAAAAAAUACAAGGUCAAGAAAACUAUACUGUUGCAGAUGCCAUGGUAAGAUUUGCCCAACAAAAUGGCAUUUCUAUCAGAGGCCACAACAUUUUCUGGGACAAUCCUGUGUACCAACCACAUUGGGUUAAGAAUCUAACUUUAGAAGAAUUACAAAAUGCUGCAGACCAAAGAAUAAAAUCAGUGGUUUCGAGAUACGCAGGACAACUAAUUGCGUGGGAUGUAAUGAAUGAAAAUCUCCACUUCAGCUUCUUUGAGGAUAAACUUGGCAAAAACGCUUCUGCCGAGUACUAUGCAAGAGCAUACCAACUCGAUCCAGACACCACAAUGUUCCUGAACGAAUACAAUACAAUUGAAUAUAGCAGUGAUGAAAAAGCAAAUCCGUUCAACUACAAGACGAAACUUGAUGAAAUUCUGUCAUAUCCUGGAAACCAAGGAAUAUCAGCAGGCAUUGGUUUGCAGGGCCAUUUUGGUUCUGGCCAGCCUAACCUUGCUUACAUGAGAUCAUGCUUGGACAUUCUAGGAUCAACAGGAUUGCCUAUAUGGCUUACAGAAGUGGACGUCGGCAAAGACCCGAAUCAGGCAGAGUACUUGGAGCAGGUACUAAGGGAAGGCUAUUCUCAUCCUGCUGUUAAAGGGAUUAUAAUGUUCGUUGGUCCAGCAAACGCUGGGUUCAACAGUACAGUCCUAGCAGACGAGGACUUCAAAAAUACUCCAGCUGGAGAUGUUGUGGAUAAGUUGAUAGAUGAGUGGAGAUUUCAGACAACAGAAAUAAAAGCAGAUGGUAAAGGGUCCAUUGAAAUUCCGCUGUUUCAUGGAGAUUACAACAUAACUGUCAAGGACCCAGUUAGCAGUUCCUUAACUGCUUUCAGUUAUAAGAUGACAAGAGAUGUCACAAGAGACACUGUCCAUCUUCGUAUCAAUGCCUGAAUAAUAUGAUCAUCCUACUUCAAUCAUAAUGUAUUCCUAAUAUGUUUCUCCUGUGUAAUCUUAAGACCUUCGUUAAAUCUUAAUGAUAUUGCCUGGUAA